ACUCUCUCAUUUCUAAACAAUCACAACCCCAUCUUCAGUCUGGCAGGAUCUUAUCUCUGUCUCUCUCGGUAGAGGACGUGGAGAUGGCGAUAAAGUGAGUUACUGCAUAUUUGAUUAUUGGGCCUUUACCAUUUUCAGCAGGCAGCAGCUUAAAAGCAGCCAUGUGGAAAAUGCCAAGGAGGUUUUCACUCACUGGUAGAUUGUGUUGCUUUCCCAAGGAUCCCCUUGAUGACGUUGAGACCUGGAGCGAAUCGGUGGACAAAGUCCUCAGCUGCAAAGCCGGACAGAUAGCGUUCCGGGAGUUCCUGAAGUCCGAGUACAGCGAGGAGAACAUCCUGUUUUGGCUCGCGUGCGAGGAGUACAAGAAAACCAAGACCGCGCCCGAGAUGAUCUCCUCCGCCAACAGGAUCUACUCAGAGUUCGUCCAGACAGAGGCCCCCAGACAGAUCAACAUAGACUGCAGCACCAGAGAAAACAUAACCAAGAACAUCUCCCAGCCGACGCUGGCGUCCUUCGACUCGGCGCAGAAGCUCGUCUACAGCCUGAUGGCCAGGGACUGCUACCCGCGCUUCCUCAAGUCGGACAUCUACCAGGGCCUCCUGAGGAGGGCCGCCUCCAGGUGACGGUGUUCGAACCCGCAACCCUCGCGCCCAAGCCCCCGUCCAGCGCUCCGGUCCCGGCGCGGACACCAGGUUUAUGCCGUACAGUCCAGUACAGCGUAGCAGCUAGCUUCUCCCCACCUGUGUGAUUCAGUAGACACGUACGGCUUGAGAUGGUUUGCAGCUUGUAUUAUACUUCACCUCCCUAAUAUUGUUAAUGCUAAGCGGAUUUUGUGCACAUGCGUCUUCUUCUCCAUGACUUUAAUGAUAAUAAAAAAGAUUCCUGUAUUGUGAAGUAUUAUCAACGCUUGAUGGAAUUGAUGAUGCCAAUACAAAGCCUAGACAUGCAAAUAAAUGAGUGUUCUGCCUCUUAAAAACAGAAACUCAUGGGCUCCAGGUCCCUUUGAAUGCGAUGCAAAUGAUUGUAGGUUGUUGUUGACCUGCCGCCGGGCUCGCGAGCACCAGGUGGCAACAGAGCUCCUCAGCUGCCUCGCACAGAGGCGCCACUGGCUGAAAUGGAAAGUAAAACUAUGGCCACUUCCUGCAACAUCUCGGCUGUAGGUUGGAUUCGAAGCCAGGGCGAAACGAGACAGCGAAGGCGUUUGAGUGUGUGAGGCGCGAGGACAGACAGGCAGCUUCAUCUGGCUAGACAGGUUCAUUCAUUGGUAAAGAAAAAUUAUAUCUAAGCAUCUAAAUCACAAAUUUCAAUCUGAUGUGAUGAAUAAAAAAAUUCUCCUUUCUCAAAGCUUUUUGUCCUUU